AUGAGAGAGAUCAUCCAUUCCAGGUGGCUGAGGUCUUCACAAGUCCUGCAGGGAAGCCAGUACUUCUGAAGAAGACCAUCAAAGGAUUCCAGCAGAUUCUGGCAGCCUGUUUCGGAGGCUCUGCCACCACCGGUGAAGCCCCUCAGGGACAAUGCAGGGAGCAGUGGCCUCUACAGCAGCAGUGACACGCCACCGAGGACCUCUUCCCAUCAGCAGGGGAGCCAGGCCACGUGGGUGGGCUGCGCCAGCCAGCUACCAGUGACCCUGCUGCCCACACCCAACGGCAGUGGGCCCAGCCAGGAGUUGGAAGGCCACUGGCCAGAGAUCCCAGAGAUGUCCCCAUGUGUGGCUGGUGUCAUCCCUGUCAUCUAUUACAGUGUCCUACUGGGCCUGGGGCUGCCUGUCUACCACCUGUACGUGGCUCCUGUCCACCGGGACUGGAAGGUCCACCUGGCCUUGGAUGUGUCCAACAUGGUGGCCAUGCUCAACAUAGCAGUCAACUUUGGUCUCUAUUGCUUCGUAAGCAAGACUUUCAGGGCCACUGUCCGACAGGUUAUCCACGAUGCCCACCUGCCCUGCACCCAGGGGUCACAGCCAAAGUGCUUGGUGGUGGAGCCUGUGCUGAAGCCUCCAAGACUCCCCAAAUGA